UUCCGCUUCGCCACCGACCGCAACGACUUCCGCAGGAACCUGCUGGUGAACCUGGGGCUGUUCGCCGCCGGCGUCUGGGUCGCCCGGAACCUGACGGACAUCGACCUGAUGGCCCCGCAGCCCGUCCCGUAGCAGCGGAAGGAGCCGGAGCUGCCGGGAGCAGAGCUCACCCUCCCACCAGGACUGGAGCCGUGGGGCUGCUCUGAUCCCUCCUGGAGCUGCUCUGAUCCCUCCUGGAGCUGCUCUGAUCCCACCCGGAGCUCCUGAUCCCUCCUGGAGCUGC